GCCGCGGCUUCUCCUCCAAACUCAUUCUAUGUCUCGCUCUAUCUAACUCAAGUUUCUCUUCCUUCUUCAAACAUUUUCUCUUCCUCUUCCUCUUCUCAGUUUGUCAGUCCUUUGCUCUUAUUCAUCGUUUUGUGCAUCAAUAUCUUUUUGGUCGACGUUAGAUCUGUAUGUUGCUCUUGUGUUGUAGUGUAGAGCGUUUUGCUCUGUCGAUGUUGUUCAACUUUCUGUACCCUUUUUAGCUUCUUUGGUGUACUUGUUGUACCCAUAGAUAUCUUUUAAUAAAUUUUUUCUGUUUCUCAAAAAUACACCAGACAUAGUUUGGAUCUAUCAAUAUUUUUGAGUUUCUUUUGUUUUUGAACAUCUGACAUAGUUCUGAAUCUAUCAAUUUUAUGGAUCUAUUUAAGAUUUAUUUGUACUCUUAAAUCUGAUACAAACCACCCUUCCAUUCGUCGAAUUUGAUGAAUCGAAUCUGCCGUAACCGAACCCUCUAAACGGAUGGGAAUGGUUAGUAAUACUUCAACCAACGAUUUACUCGGUUUGGGAUUUUGAGCUCGAUUCUGAUUGGACCGACUGAUGUCCACCAGUACCCAGAAAGACAAAAAGCUAAAAACCAAACUAAACCCAGGAAGGAAAAUCUUGUUCUUUUCCCUAUUUAUAAGUUCUAAGAAAUUAUGUAUAGCAGUACCUCCUGGCUUCAUUUAGAUCCCAUAUUUUUACCCUAUUUCAUCACCCAAUUCAUUUACUAAAAAACUAAAAUAUAUCCCUCUCAGAUCCACAAUUUUCAUCUUCAUAGAGCAAAGAACAGCAUGAGUGAAGCGAAGGGAAGAGUUACAUACUCUGACAGAGAGCAGAAUAUACACUGAUUGCAAAGAGAAAAUGAAGCUAAAAUUGAUGAAUAAUAUUCAGAGAAACAACUAAUUUAACUCACAACAACUCAUUGAACUCAUCUCAAAAUGAAAGGACAUAAAUAUUGUAAAAGCAACCCUUUUUUCCGCAAAAAGAGUCCAACACUCCACCUCCUGUUUCACCGGUUUACACUGCACGAGGUCGCUCAUUUUCUGCUCAUAAAGCCAAACCAGGAACAAAAUAUUGAAGUUGGAUCAAAUGUAUAAAUCAAAAGCAUUUGGAUUCAUAAUUUUUCUGCUCCUAUUAUGUGUAUCUGCAACUUCUGAUGGAUUUCCUAAAUGCAACUGUGAUGAUGACACAAGCUGGUGGACUAUUGAGAAGAUUCUAGAAUGUCAGAAAGUCGGCGAUUUCCUAAUCGCGGUCGCGUAUUUUUCAAUUCCUGUUGAGCUAAUUUAUUUCAUCAGUUGCUCAAAUUUUCCAUUCAAAUGGGUACUUUUUCAGUUCAUAGCUUUUAUUGUACUUUGUGGAAUGACACAUUUGUUCAAUAGUUGGACUUAUGGACCCCAUACUUUUCAAAUCAUGGUGACACUUACUGUCUUGAAAGUCCUCACUGCUAUGGUUUCGUGUGCAACUGCGAUAACACUCGUCACUUUGAUCCCUUUACUGUUAAAAGUGAAGGUUAGAGAGUUGUUGUUGAAGCGGAAGACGAGGGAGCUUGGUAUUGAGUAUGGUAUGAUAAUGAAACAGAAUGAAGCUGGAAUGCAUGUAAGAAUGCUUACUCAAGAGAUUCGUAAAUCGCUCGAUAGACAUAAGAUUUUGUAUACGACAUUGGUUGAAUUGUCGAAAACUUUAGGGUUGCAAAACUGUGCUGUAUGGAUGCCUAAUGUUGAGAAAACCACGAUGAACCUCACUCAUGAAUUGAAUGGGAGGAAUGUUAAUUCUUCUAUAGUGAUUACAAAUCCGGAUGUUGUGAGAGUUAAGGCUGAUAAUGUAGUUAACAUAAUUGAUUCUGACUCGGAGCUUUCUUCUGCGAGUAGUGGAGUUUCUGUUGAUGCAGGACCUGUUGCUGCGAUUCGAAUGCCAAUGCUUCGGGUUUGUGACUUCAAAGGUGGAACGCCGGAGCUAACGCAGGCGUGUUAUGCGAUACUUGUAUUGGUACUUCCUAGUGAGGAGGCUAGAUCUUGGAGCAAUCAAGAAUUGGAGAUAAUUAAAGUUGUUGCUGAUCAGGUGGCCGUUGCUCUUUCUCAUGCUGCGAUUCUCGAAGAAUCGCAACUUAUAAAAGAGAAAUUGGAGGAGCAAAACCGAGCAUUGCAACUGGAGAAAAUGAAUGCUAUGCUGGCGAGUGAGGCUAGAGCGGUUUUUCAGAAAGUCAUGAGCAAUGGAAUGGGACGGCCAAUGCAUUCAGUUAUGGGUUUGCUCUCAAUGAUGCAAGAUGAGAAUUUGAAGAAUGAACAGAAACUUAUUGUGGAUUCAAUGGUAAGGACAAGCGGCGUCUUAUCAAACUUAAUGAACGAUGCUAUGGACAAUUCGGAGAGAGAUGGUGGAAGUGGAAGAUUUCCUUUGGAGAUGAAAUCUUUUGGUUUACAUAAUAUGUUAAAAGAAGCAACUUGCAUUGCAAAGUGUAUGAGUUUAUGUAAAGGUUUAGGUUUUAAGGUUGAGGUUGAUAAGUCUUUGCCUAACCAUGUUAUCGGCGACGAAAAGAGGGUUUUUCAAGUGAUUUUGCAUAUGGUUGGGAACCUAAUAGACGGUAAUCAUGGUGGAGGGAUUCUCGUGUUUCGAGUGUUUGCGGAAUCUGGAAGCCGAGGAAGGACUGAACAUGGAUAUGCAACUUGGAGACCAAGCUCGUCUAGCGGUGAUGUGCAUAUUAGAUUUGAUGUAAGAAUAAAUAGCAGUGAUUCGGAGUUGGAGACCUCAGUUUCUUCAGGCCAACUUGCAGGUAAGAUGCGUAUGAGUGAUCCCACGUUCGAGGAAAGGAUGAGCUUCAGCAUUUGCAAGAAGAUAAUCCGGUCAAUGCAAGGUAACAUAUGUUCAGUACCAAAUGCUAGAGGCUUUCCACAAGUCAUGACCCUUGCUCUUCGGUUUCAAUUACGCCAUUCUGUCGCGGUAAGCAUACCCGAACCAGGGGAGAUUUCAGAGCCGUCAAAUUCAAAUUCAUUGUUCAGAGGUCUGCAAGUUUUGUUGGCCGACAAUGACGAUGUUAAUAGAGCAGUGACACAAAAGUUUCUUCGCAAACUAGGUUGUUCUGUUACAUCUGUUUCUUCCGGAUUCGAAUGUCUUAGUCUUGUUGGACAUGCUGGUGCAUCUCCCUUUGAAGUUGUGCUUUUGGACCUUCACCUGCCUGAUUUAGAUGGAUUUGAAUUUACUGCGAGGAUCCGGAAGUUUAAAAGCCGCAACUGGCCUAUCGUCAUUGCUUUGACAGCAAGCUCUGAAGAAGAUUUGUGGGAAAAAUGUAUGCAUAUUGGAUUUAAUGGAGUUAUUCGAAAGCCGGUUUUGUUAGAAGGAUUCGCAGCCGAACUCCGAAGAAUCUUGAAGGGAAAUUUGGCCCUAUUAGGAUCUUCAAGUUAUUAAUUUUCAGUCACAUUCUAGAUAGGUAGUUUAUAAGAUGGUAUACAAUGCAAUCUUUAGAUUACAUUUUAUAGCAAUAUUUCAGAUUAUAGAUUUUACACACAACUUUCAUAUAUAUGAAUGUAAAAUGGUAUACAAAUUAAUUCCUUUCUUUCAAAGUGUUUGUUUCUU